AUGAACGACCUUGAAAAAAAUUGUUCUAACCUUCAUCCAAAGUUUGGAUUAUGUUGUCUUCAAGGGAAGGUUGACUUGCCUAACCCAAAGCAUGCUCCUUGGCAACUACAGAGGCUAUUUCACUCCAUAGAUGAUGAUAGUAAGAAUUUUCUUGAUAAUAUUAGAGCAUACAACAUGAUGUUUGCAUUCACGUCCAUGGGCGGAAAAGUUGAUAAAAGAGUAAACAAUGGUCGUGGUCCUUAUGUGUAUUGUAUUAAUGGCCAAAACAUGCAUAUGAUAGGCAGUGUUUUACCUGUUGAAGGAGCACCCCCUAAAUUUUCUCAGUUAUAUAUACAUGACACUUCCAACGAGACAACAAAUAGGAUAGCUGCUGUAAGUGGCCAAGACACAAAAAAAUCUUUGCGGCCUUCUAUUGUCCAACAAUUGCAAAAAAUAUUGGACAAUCACAAUGAAUUAGUUAAAACUUAUAGACUUGCUCGAGAUUUUAUGGGGAAUCAUCAAGGUCAGGAAGUUAAGAUUCGACUCAUUCAUAAGGGUGGUAAAAAUGCUCAUACAUAUAAUUUGCCAACAUCACCUAACGAAAUAGCAGCCUUGGUUGUGGGAGACAUUGGAUCAACUGAACUUGGAAGAGAUAUUAUUAUUCAAUAUAGAAGUGGUUUGCUUGAGCGAAUUUCUGAGACACACCAAUCAUAUUUGCCAAUGCAAUACCCUCUAUUAUUUCCAUAUGGAGAUGGAGGCUAUACUGAAGGUAUUCCACAUAAGAAGACGCAACGAAAGAUGAAAGGUGAGAGUGGAACUGUGUCACUUCGGGAAUAUUUUGCUUACAAUAUCCAAGAUCGAGCAUUGGAUGGAUCACUACUUUUAUAUGGCCGUAAAUUAUAUCAACAAUAUUUGGUUGAUGCAUAUACCAUGAUUGAGUCAUAUAGAUUGAGAUAUAUCAGGAUGAACCAAAAAAAACUACGAGCAGAGGUUUAUAAUGGUUUAGCAGAUGCAGUUUUUAGAGGUGAUACUCAGGCUUCAUUUGUAGGGAAACGAGUAAUCCUUCCAUCUUCUUUCACUGGUGGUGCCCGUUACACAAUGCAAAACUACCAAGAUGCAAUGGCUAUUUGUAGAUGGGCUGGGUUUCCAGAUUUGUUCAUAACUUUUACAGCUAAUCCAAAAUGGCCUGAAAUGACUAGAUUUUUGGAAGCUCGUCAACUUCGUAUAGAAGAUCGUCCUGACAUUGUCACACGUAUAUUUAAAAUGAAGCUAGACUUGCUUAUCAAAGAUAUUAGAAAAGAGGAAAUUUUUGGAAGUGUCAAAGCAGUUCUAUAUACAAUUGAAUUUCAAAAGCGAGGUCUUCCCCAUGCUCAUAUUUUGGUUUUCCUUGCAAAUAAAGAUAAGUUAUCUACUGCUAAAGAUAUUGACAACAUCAUUUCAGCAGAAAUCCCUAAUAAAGAAGCACAACCUGAGUUACAUGAUGUAGUGGUGAAUUAUAUGUUACAUGGGCCAUGUGGAAUAGCUAAUCCUCAUUCUCCAUGUAUGGACAAAGGAAUAUGUACUAAGCAAUUCCCAAAAAACUUUAACUCUACAACAGUGAUCCAUGAAGAUGGAUAUCCAAGGUAUAAAAGGGAAGAUAAUGGUGUACAUGUCAUGAAGAAUGGGAUCCCAUUGGAUAACAGAUAUGUUAUCCCCUAUAACGCAACUCUUUUACUAAAAUAUGGAGCUCACAUUAAUGUUGAAAGAUGUAAUCAAGGAGACUCCAUUAAGUAUCUUUUUAAAUAUGUUAAUAAAGGUUAUGAUCGAGUUACUGCUGCAUUCUAUACUCAAGCAGAUGAUGUAAGUGAGGGUUUGGUUCGUGAUGAGAUCAAAAUGUUUUUUGAUUGUCGAUAUGUUUCGUCAUGUGAAUCAGUUUGGAGGAUCUUAGGGUUCGAUAUUAAUUAUAGAAAUCCCUCUGUUGAAAGACUAUCAUUUCACUUGCCUAAUCAUCAAAUGGUGGUAUUUGAGGAGAAUGAAGAUCUUCAACAUGUUAUGUCUAGAAAUAAUGGGAAACCGACUAUGUUUGAAGCUUGGUUCAUUGCUAAUGCUAAAUAUGAAAAUGCCAAAGGCAGUGGUGAGUCAUACUACUUGCGCAUGCUUCUUGCAACCAUUAAAGGCCCAACCUCUUACAAAUCCCUUCGUACAGUGAAUGGUAUCUACCAUAAUUCAUUCAGAGAUGCAUGUUAUGCUUUAGGAUUGUUAGAUGAUGAUAAAGAGUAUACUGAUGGGAUACUUGAAGCAGCUCAAUGGGCCUCAGCCAACUAUCUGAGACGGUUGUUUUCGACCUUAUUAGCCUGUAACUGUUUAUCACGUCCAGAGUUUAUAUGGAGACAAAUUUGGAAACCAUUGUCUAAUGACAUAUUGUAUCAACAGAGACAAAUAACAGGACACCAAGGUUUUCAGUUAUCUGAUGAGGAGUUGCAAAAUUUAACCUUGCUUGAGAUUGAGAAGCUCUUGAAUGUAAAUGCAAGGACAUUAUCUGAGUUUGGUUCUAUGCCUUUGCCACAGUCAUCUGUUAUGGAAUUAAGGAGCAACAAACUUAUACGUAUGGAGUUGAGCUAUGACAAAAAAUUAUUAUCAUCAGAAUUAAUUUGUUUGUUGAACAAUUUGACUCCUGAACAGAAGAAAAUAUAUGACCAAGUGUUAUCUACAGUCAAAAGUAAUAAUGGUGGCAUGUACUUUGUUUAUGGCCAUGGUGGAACUGGAAAAACAUAUUUAUGGAAUACAUUGAGCACCUCCUUACGUUCUGAGGGAAAGAUUGUUUUGAACGUAGCUUCAAGUGGUAUUGCCUCAUUAUUAUUGCCAGGAGGUAAAACUGCUCAUUCUCAAUUUCGCAUUCCAAUUGCAGUUAAUGAAGAUUCAAUUUGUAAUAUAAAACAUGGUAGUCAUCUUAGUGAACUGCUUAUCAACACUUCCCUAAUAAUAUGGGAUGAAGCACCCAUGGCCAAUAAAUUUUGUUUUGAGGCUCUUGAUAAGUCUCUGAGAGAUAUCAUGAAAGUUCAACAAGUAGAUGCUGCGUUAAGGCCCUUUGGUGGCAAAGUUAUUUUGCUUGGUGGUGACUUUCGACAAAUUCUUCCAGUUGUGCGAAAAGGUAGUAGAGAGGAUAUUGUAUUUUCUACAAUCACUUCUUCAUAUUUAUGGAAAGAUUGUAAGGUUUUUACAUUGACUAAAAAUAUGAGACUAUUGACUAAUGCAACAUCUAAAGAUGCAAUGAGAGUUCAAGAAUUUGCAAACUGGAUUAUCUCAAUUGGUGAUGGAAAAGUUGACAACAACCAUAAAGAAGCAGAAGAAAUUACAAUUCCAGAUGAGUUAUUGUUAAACCCUACUCAAGAUCCUCUUAGGUGUAUUAUUGAUUCCACUUAUCCAGAACUGCUACAGAAUAUACAUAGUGCAUGUUAUUUCCAGGAGCGUGCUAUCUUAGCUCCAACAUUAGCAAUUGUUGAUGAAGUCAAUGAAUAUGUUUUAUCCAUGCUCCCUGGUGAUGAAGUUUGCUACUUAAGCGCAGACACAGUUUCUAAACAAGAUGAAAUAGGAGGUGCUUUACAAGAUAUUCACUCGCCAGAAUUCUUGAAUUCAUUAACAAUGUCAGGACUACCUAACCAUGAAAUCAAGCUUAAAGUAGGGGCUCCUAUUAUGCUUAUGCGAAAUAUCGACAAAUCUAUUGGUCUUUGUAACGGCACUCGAUUAAUUGUCAGUAAACUUGUCAGACAUGUCAUUGAAGCUGAGAUCAUGACAGGAAUCUCAAAAGGUCAAAAAGUUUUAAUUCCUCGAAUGACUAUUACUCCAUCAGAUACAAGUUUACCUUUCACAAUAUGCAGACGCCAAUUCCCUAUUAUGUUGUCCUUUGCAAUGACGAUUAAUAAAAGCCAAGGACAGAGUCUCACAAAUGUUGGAUUGUACCUCCCACGACCUGUAUUUACACAUGGUCAGUUGUACGUUGCUAUAUCUCGAGUUCGUAGCAGAUGUGGCUUGAAGAUUUUAAUUCUAGAUGAAGAGGGUAAACCAACAAACAAAACCAACAAUGUUGUUUAUAAAGAAAUCUUUAAUGGUUUGACAUAG